AUGAUUUUCAGCGAGCACAAGGCGAGGAUCCUGGCGAUGACGGGCGAGCACGUGGACGAGCUGCACGCCCUGUGGUCGCGCAUGUUCGAGCCGCAGACGCGCGAGGAUUGCCUCAUCCGACUGAAGGAUCACGCGCACAGCUUUUACACCGAUCUCCUGAAGGAGUCGCGCGAGAAGGAGCAGGGAAUCACCGGGGAAAUAGACGGCCUGCAGGCGGAGGCCACUGAUCUCACGCGGCUGCUCCACGUAUCCCUGGAAAUGCCCGAGAGGCCAGAGGAAAUGCCCUUGGUCCUGUGGCAGCUGAAACUGGACAAAACCAUCGAGCAUCUGCGCCAGGAGCUGUCUAGCCGGCGGGCGGAGAUCUGUGAGCUGCUCCGCCAGCAGCAGCAGCUCUGCGAGGAGCUGGGCGAGCGGCCAAAGUCACUGCCAAGUGAUCCAAUGCCGCUGCCCGAGGAGCUGGACGCUUUCCGGGAUCACCUGGAGCAGCUGAGAGGUCAGCGAACUGCUCGCUUGAAGGAAAUGGAGCAGUUGCGCCAGCGCAUCAAGCAGGACAUGAAGAUCCUCGAGCUGCAUGCCCAAACGGACACCGAGAAGCGUCUACUUAGCCCCGUAAACCAGGUGCUCCUCCGACCCGAAUCCUUCAAGCGAUUGCUCCUCAUGCAAAAGUCCUUGGCCGAACAGGUAAAGGAGCUAAGGCAGCGCAUAGACGAAAUGCGCGGGAAGAUUGAGCUCCUCUGGCAGCGAUUGAAACUGCAGGAUGAAUUUGCCAUGCGUCGCGUGAGGGAAUCCACCUCCUACGACCAACGCACCUUCGACAUUCUGCGCGAGGAGCUGCAGCGAUGCCAGGCGCUGCGCCGCCAGAACCUCAAGACCUUCAUCGAGCAGCUGCGGCUGGAAAUCCAGGAGUACUGGGACCUCACCCUUAAAAGCCAGCAGGAGCGCAGGCGCUUCACCGGCUACUUUUGCGAUUACCACAGCGAAGAACUCCUCGAGCUGCACGAAAUGGAGCUGGAGCAGCUGAAGAACUUCUACAAUAGCAACAGGCGAAUCUUUGAGCUGUAUGCCAAUCGCGCGGAGCUGUGGGCGCGCAUGGAGGCACUGGAGGCCAAGGCCAACGAUCCGAAUAGGUUCAACAAUCGCGGCGGUCAGCUGCUCAAAGAGGAGAAGGAGCGCAAGGCCAUGAGCACGCGGCUGCCCAAGGUGGAUCAGCAGAUCACCGAGCUGGUGAAGGUUUACGAGGUAGAGGAACACUCCCCGUUCCUAGUGAACGGCGUGGAUAUACUGGAGAGCAUGGCGGCGGACUGGGAGCAGCAUCGCCAGUCGAAGAAGCAGCCCUCCGCUAACAAGAAAGAUGCGGCGACCAGCAAAAUGAAAGCACCCCUAACGCCGAAUACCUUGAAAAACGGCAGUAGGGGCUUACAGGGAUCCUCGAGCUCCUCGCUGAAGAAGACCCCGUCCAAGGUGAACGCCAGUUUGGCGGCCAAGAGCACCGGCAACCUGCAGAAGCGGCGGCAUCCCAACCACGGAAGGAUCAGCCCCCAGCCGACGGCAGCGGCGGCGGCGGCCAAGCGGAAUCUAAUCAGUUCGCUGGAGUGCCACAAUUCGGAGCCAUCGAUGGGCCAGAAGCUGCUCAAGUCGCCGCAGAAGAAGGUGCGCGUGCUGGAGUACUCGGUGCGGCGUGGCAAGGCGACCGGCAGGCCGAGCAUAGGUAGCAAGAAUCUGAACCAGAGGAGUCGCCCGAUCCCCCAGCUGCAGGUGCAGCCUCCUUCCGGCGAGGAGAACGAGGAGACGGACGAGAACGUCGAGGAGGAGGAGGAGGAGGAUGAGGGCUGCCUGGGGCCCUACACCGCCUAUUAGACUUAAUCCCUAAUCACAUCUAAUUGCAAUCGCAUAGGCAACUGAUCUGUGUUCUUUCCCUAGCAGUAUUGAAUUAUUUCUCUCACUUACUUAGAAUAGAUGCACAUUUAAUUAUAGUUUAGGCUUUUUUAUUAACGCAUAAUUUGAUAUUUUAAUACACAAAAGACUACCUUUUUAAAACUAAUUUCGAAAGCGCGAAAUAUCACCUUGAUUUAGCUGUGACUGUUUCUGAGUAAAUGAGCAAUGGUUCAAACUUUUAAAUUUAAGUAUAAUAAAUGUGUAUUUUUAA